AUGGGAAUCAAUCAGACACGGAUCACUGAGGUCAUACUACUGGGAUUCCAGGUUGACCCUUCUCUGGAGAUGUUCAUGUUUGGGGUGUUCUUGCUGUUCUACAGCCUCACUUUGAUAGGAAAUGGGAUUAUCCUGGGGCUCAUCUGCCUGGAUGCUAAGUUGCACACUCCCAUGUAUUUCUUCCUCUCACAUCUGGCCAUAAUUGACAUGUCCUAUGCUUCCAGCAUUGUCCCUAAGAUGCUGAAAAAUAUUGUGACACACCAAAAAAGCAUUGCCUUUGCUUCAUGCAUACUUCAGACGUUUUUGUAUCUGGCUUUUGCUGUGACAGAGUGUACGAUUCUGGUGGUGAUGUCAUAUGAUCGCUUUGUAGCUAUCUGUCACCCUCUGAAAUAUAUGCUGAUCAUGAGCUGGAGAGUAUGCACCAUCCUGGCUACCACUUGCUGGGUGUUUAGCUUCCUCUUGGCCUCACUCCAUAUCACUCUCAUUCUACGACUCCCAUUCUGUGGACCACAAAAAGUCCACCAUUUUUUCUGUCAAAUCAUGUCUGUAUUCAGAUUAGCCUGUGCAGACACAAGACUCAACCAAGUCGUCCUCUUUGCAGGAUCUGUGAUGGUAUUACUGGGGCCCCUGUGCUUGGUGCUGGUCUCCUACACUAGAAUCCUCAUGGCCAUACUGAGGAUCCAGUCAGGGGAGGGACGCAGAAAGGCCUUCUCCACAUGUUCCUCCCACCUCUGUGUGGUUGGGCUCUUUUUUGGCUGUGCCAUUGCCAUGUACAUGGCCCCCAAGUCCAAACAUUCUCAAGAACAGAGGAAGAUCCUAUCUUUGUUUUACAGCCUUUUCAACCCUAUGCUCAACCCUCUGAUCUACAGUUUGAGGAACACAGAGGUGAAAGGUGCCUUAAGAAGAGCUCUUUGGAAACAGAGAUCACUGUGA